AUGAAUGGAUCAACAAUAAGGGCAACACUUGCCAGUAUAGAUGAGUUUAAUGAUGUCACACAAAUCAAACAAGCAAUAUCACAAAUAUUUCAAGAUGCUCAAAUGAAUUUAUCAGGUCAUCGUAAAUUGGUGGUUGUAUUAAAGAAUAUUUUUAAUAAAUCAAUUGAAUUAAAUAAACAAGAAUAUUUCUUUAUGUAUUUCACAAAAUGUUUAAAUAGAAUAUUACCAUUAAAGAAAGGUGAACAAUCUGCUGAAAGAAUAUCCAAAUUUUGUAGUUCAUUUGUUAAAAGUUUAAGUAAAGAUGAAUUUGAAAAACAACAACAAAAGGAACAACAAAGUGAAGAAGAAGAAGAAGAAGAAGAAGAAGAAGAGAUAUCCCAUACAGUUGCAUUUACAAACUAUCUAGUUAAUCAUUUACUCCGUGGUAUUGAUGCCAAAGAUAAAAACGUCCGUUAUAGAGUAGUACAAAUGUUAGGUUCAUUAGUUUGUUAUAUUGGAGAAAUGGAUCCCGAAAUCUUUAAAUCCUUACGAGCAUCAAUGAAUCAGCGUAUUCAUGAUAAAGAACCAUAUGUCCGUCUACAUGCAGUAGUUGCUAUUGCUCAUUUCCAAACCUUUUCCAAUCAUGAUGAAAUCUUGAAUGAUGAUGAUAUUAAUGAUAAAAGUGCCAUUAUUAAUUGUUUACAAAAUGAUGAAAGUGCAGAAGUUAGACGGGCGGCACUUAUAAACCUAACUAAGACUCAAGAAAAUUUACCAUUUGUAAUUGAACGGGCUCGUGAUACCAAUGCGAUUAAUAGAAGAUUGGUAUAUUCGAGAAUAUCUCGUGAAUUGGGUGGGAUGGAGAAUAUUCCAGGGAAAUAUCGAGAAUUUUUAUUGAAAUGGGGAUUACUGGAUCGAAAUGAUACUGUUCAACAAGCGGCAAUAAAGAUGUUUACUAGUCAUUGGUUUGAAUCGGUGAAUGAAGAUAUUUAUGAUUUUAUUGAAUUAUUAAAUAUAAUUGAAUCAACCGAAACUGCAGAAAGAGCAAUGAUGAUAUUUUUUAAAAAUAGAAGUGAUAAAUUAACUGAAUUUAAUUUUGAUUCAUCUUAUUGGAAAUCAUUAACGGUUGAACGAGCAUUUUUACUUCGGACAUUUUAUACAUAUCUUAGAAAUAAUAAUAUGCAAAAUGCAAUUGAUUCAAUUUUCCCUGAUCCAUUAACAUUAGCUGAAACAUUAGAGAAAUAUUUCAUAGUUAGAACAAGAACCUUACAAGAAGAUCAAGAAUUAGUUCAACUUUGGGAACAACAUGAACAACAAGCCGAAUUAUUAAAAAAUGAUUAUUUCAUCCUCGAUACUCAACUUCGUCAAUUAAACCUCCAAGCCGAACGAGAAAACAAACGUUUAUCAAACCUCGAAUCAGACAUAUCGGAAAACAUUCGAAUCAAAGACAUUCUCGAAAAAAUCCAAUCUGGCCGUAUUUCCCGCCGUAGAACCACCUCCAAUGACGAACUCAUCCAAAAAAUCCUCACCCAAACCUCCGAAAUGACGCCACAAGAACUCAUAUCCACAAUCAACGAAAUCUCCACCAAUCUCAACCAACUCCAAUCCGAAAAAUCCCAUCUCGAGUCCCAGAUCAAACACCUCAAAGCCCAAUUCGACCGUAUCUCCCCUCAACGCACCCAAGCCGGCCAAGCCCGGAUCGACCACACUACUAAAUUCUACGCCGAUCAUAAAGACGAUUAUAUCCCCUUUGAGGAAGAAUUAAAAAUGUUAGAAUUCAUCAUUAUGCAAUUAUUACAAAUUGCCGAAUCGUAUGAUUUUGAUGAAUAUGGAGGCAGGAAGAUGUUACAUGUGAUUAGAAAUGCGUUGAGUGUUAGGAAUUUACCUAGUGAGAUGAUAGCUGUUGGGUUUAGGGUGAUGAAAUCGGUGAGUAAUAAUCUGAAGGAUUUUAUCGCCAUGGCGACGGAAAUCAUAACUGAUAUUCGAGAUUCUUGUGACGAGGCGGAGGCCGAGGGUGGGAUAAGUUCCGAUACUAAUGACUUCGACGACGAUGAUGAUGAUGAAGAAGAAACUGAAUCACAACCAGGAGAUCCAUCCACCAAUAAAAAACGUCGCCGUCUUGAACCGAAAUUCCCCCCAGACGAAAUCGUUACCCGAUGUUUAAUAAUGACUCAGCAUCUCCUAGAACUCAUCGAAGAACCACUUUCAAACCAUCAUAUCUCGCUAUCAUCCCUCUAUUCCGGUCUUGUCAACUAUGCAAUCGCCCAUCGUGAAAAGGCAACCUUACACAUCCAAGGGCUACGCUGUUUGGGGCUAUUCCUGCUCAUUGACAACUCUAUUGUUCAAGACGCGAUGAUGACAUUAUAUCAAGCCAUGAAGGCCACUGGUGAGGAAGUUAGGGUGGUGGGUAUCAAGGCGGUGAUGGAUAUUUUGGCCAUGAAUGGGAUUGGCAUAAUUGAGGGGAAAUAUAUGAUUAUGUAUGCUCGAUUGUUUUAUAAAUUUUUGAUUGGCGAUGAGAUGCCGAAAUUACAAUGUGUGGUUGCUGAAGGGUUGUGUAAGUUAUUUCUUGCCGAUGUGUUUGAUUCCAUGACGCCGUCAGGCGACACAACAGGAAACGAUAAUGAGGAUGAGGAUGAGCUUGGGGUGGCGGAGAUUGAUAAUCAAUUGUUUGAGGUUUUGGUAUAUACCUACUUCAACCCUAGUGAUAAUAAUCAUGACCUAUAUCAAAUUCUCAGUUUUUGUAUCCCCGUCUAUGCAUUCUCGAAACCAGCCCAUCAACUCCGACUUGCGAGAAUCCUGUCGGAUGUUAUCAUUAGAUUAUUCCAAGAGGACCAACAACAAACACCAACGACGACUACAAAGGCGUCUAGUAUCAUUUCACAAUUGAUCUCAUGGUGUGAUCCGACAAAUUUGGCGAAUGUAUCACAACAACUGGAACAUACUACUUCUCAUCUAGAACUCGUUUUGGGGUUUUUGAAAAUCGUGAUGGAUCAGGCAGUGUCAAAAGUUGUCAAACGGGCGAUAUUGAAUAAUUUGAAUAAGAUUUCCAUUUCGGCCGAGGUUUCAAUUGAGAUAUUGAUGAAAUUGGUUAAGACUGUAGAGGAGACGAAAGAAUAUAUGGACAGGGAGAGUUUAUGUGCAGAUUAUUUGAUGAGGAGUUGUCAGAAGGUGUUUGAUGGGUUUGAAACCAAUGUGAAGGAAGUGUAUGAGACGGCGCUUCAAGAACAAGGGGAAGUGGAUACGAGUGUGAAGGAGAUUGAAAGUGAUUUGGAAAUUUUGGAUAUCAAUGAGGAGAAGAAUAAAUCGACGGGGAAGGUCAAACUCGAAACUCAACAGGCUGUGGUGGUGACUCUUGAUGAAGAUGAUAAGAAAUCAGACAAGAGUGAGGAGGAGGGUGAACAAUCAGAUGAUGAAGAGGAAUCGGAUUAUGGAAUUGAUUUAUCUGAUAUUAUCCCGAAAAAAUCCAGAGCUGAUAUCAGUUUGAUCCAAGUCAUAGAUGAUGAUGAUGAUGAAUCAAAACCAGUCAGUAAAGAAUCAGAAGGAACUCCUACCCCUAAGGGCAAUAUAUAUAACCCCCUUGCGAAUGAUUUCGAAGAUGAAUUAAAAGAAAUCGAUGAUAUUCUUGACCAAGAAGCUGAUGUUGAAUAUGAUGAAGAAGAGGUAGAUAGUGAUUAG